ACCAUUAAUCAAACAAGAACUGUCUCAUGAAUUAGGGAUAUUUUAGAUGAUGAAACCUAGCUAUAUAGUUAGCUAGCUAACUAUAGCUACUGAAACAAUGUCGUUUUGCUAUGUUUUGGGGGAAGAACAUUGUUUGCAUCCAUGAGCUAGCUAACUUUUUUUAUGAGCAGCACUGUAGGUGUGCGAGACAACUUUACCAGCAUCAUAGCAUACGUAUCGAUGAGUCGUUGUGACAUAUACAAUACGAGUGAUAGUGUAAUCAAUGUGUAAUAACUACGUAAAAAUUGAUGAACGCGUUAAAUUAUGUUACGUGCAGUCAUAUGACACGUCUAAUAGUGUUAAAUAGUAUAUUUUUUGACACGCAAAGACCCAAAAGGCGUUCCAUAGCAAAGAUCAAAAUGGCAUUCCAUAGAAAUCCUGGUUGAGAAUGAAACGACAGAACAAAUGAACAACGAAACAGCACAGCAACCUACCCCAGCCAAACCCGGAUGACGCUGGGCCAAUUGUGUGCCGCCCUAUGGGACUCCCAAUCACGCCCAGAUGUGAUGCAGCCUGGAUUCAACCCAGGGACUGUGCCGCAGUUUGCCGCUGUGUCAGGGGUUCUGGGUCUGAUGACGGGCACUGCGACUGUCCUGGCCACCAGCGAGGUGAAGAAGAAACCUGCAGCUCUGAGUCUCAGUAUUGAAGAGCUCCCGUCCCUCUAUGUUACUCCAGAGCCGCAGCUCCGGUAUGUGGAGCCAGAGGUGGGGCCAGUGGAACAGGGCGUGGCCAAGCUGAGGAAAUGGGCCGAGCCUUACACCAACCAGUGUCAGGUAACGGGUCUGGUUGCCCUGGAGAAAGCUGAGGAGGUCUACAGGACUGUAGAGCCCACUGUGAGCGCCUCCACCAGGACAGUGAGAGAGACAUAUGAGUUCCUCAAUGAUCCUCCUCCGGACCUCUAUCCCAGCGUCGGGGUGGUUGGCUUCUCUGGCUUCUUAGGAUUGUACCUGGCCAAAGGUUCCAGGGUGAAGAGGCUGGUGUUUCCUGUCGGGCUGAUGGCUCUUAGUGCUUCCAUGUUCUACCCCCAGCAAGCUGCCUCCUUAACCAAGGUGAGCAGGGACUCUGUGUACAGCUGGAGUCAGCAGGGUCGGGAUGCUGUGCAGACGCUCUGGAAGGACCUGCCAUUUGGCAAGGGCAAGGCUGAGAAGACCGAGGACAAGAGCACUGCUAGCUGAGACAGAGAGCCUGGACACAUCGCAUGAGAUUUUGAAAGUUAAAGGUCCCAAAACAAUCACAUUUUGUUGCGUCGUGGAACAUUUGGUUCAAACGUAGAGGAUAGGUUAUAAUUGGAGCCCGGACGGUAUAUUGUUUCACCGAUAUUAUCCAUCUAUAUUGGCCGUAAAACCCAGGGUGUUUUAUUUGACUGUGUGUGUUCAUGUUGUGGGCCUAAUGUUGUGUCAGAGUGUGUUUGGGUGUGUAUGUUCAAUCAUGUGGUGUUCCUAGGUGUGGAUUGUUGCUGGCCCUCAGGCCCUUGUUCUCCUAUGCCUUUGUUCUCCUAUGCAUUUGUUCUCCUAUGCAUUUGUUCUCCUAUGCAUUUGUUCUCCUAUGCCUUUUGUUUCAUGAAAUUGUGAAAUCCUCAAUGACUGAUGUUAAUAUAGGGGAUUAGGAUUCUUGGCAUGAUAACAACGGUUGUCAGAGGAGUUGGACUGCAACUUCUGAGAGAAUCACCUAUAUUCACAACAGCCCUCUUUUCCCAAGAGUGUUUCCCUAGGUGGCAACGAUGUGACACAAAGCUCCUCACGGUGCACGUAGUGUUGGCACACAAAACAGAAAAGUAUUAGAAUUUUGAAGGACGUUACAUCAUGUCAUCACACCCACCAGUGGUGAGAGCCUGUUAUUACCAUAAUCUACUGUAUGUCUAAAUUGGUUGGAACCAGGCUCUUGUCGUAAAAAUACAAUUUGUUUUCAGUGAUAUAACCUGGCUUACUAGAGGUGAUAUAAACUCUGUAGUUCUGGGUGUGCUGCACCAGUGUGGAUCGAAAUCACAUUCAACACUCCUAUAUGCACCGCGCCUCCAUGGUGUACACACACCCUAGACAGAGCACCUUAACAUACCGCUGUCUCUCAUGUAACAUGAUACAUCACAUUCCCUCUUGCUCAGUUACCUUGCCAACUAACCAUGCCAACCUGUUGUAACCAUGCCAAUGGACACAGGAGACUCCUGAAAGCUGUCCUCUGACCUCGUUUCUGUGUUCAUGUCUACAUCUUGUUGCUCAUGCUUGUUUUGGUUAUGUUUAUGUAUUUAUUUCUAAAGACAUUCCCCCAUCAUUGAUCCACCACAGAGUGCACUACGAUAAUGUUGCAUCAAUUAUUUAAAAAGUUAAAGAUGUACUUCUACUGAAGAAUAUUUAAAUGUGGUGUAUAUUUGAAGUAUUUUGUGUUUCAGGUGAUGAUUUUCAUUUUGAAUUGGUUGAUUUUUGUGUUGAUUGUCUGUUCCCAGAAAACUACUGUCUAUAAACAGAGAUAUGGCCCUAAUAAACCAAACUCCUAUGUGA